AGAAAAUCAUUUGCCAAGCUGAAGUCAAGAAAAAAAAAUGGCGCGCAUGACAACCGACAGCCUAAACCGUUAAGAAUUCCCAAACUGUCAUCUCUUUCCUAACCGUCAAACAAGUACCAAAGAAAGCCAAAAAUAGGGAAGCAUCCUCAAUUGUUUUCUCUAAUAUCUCUCUGAUAGAGAAUCUCCCCCGACAUAAUCAAGCUCGUAACGUUUAUCGAAGAUGCGUGUCGCUUUCUCCAAAGAAUCAAAGUUUCUUCUUUCUUAUAGACCUUCUCGCUCUAAAAUGGGCUGAGCCUUCGGUAGCUGGUUUUUUUCCCGACACAAAAGCGGCGAGUUCUUCUGGUCGUUUUUCGUGUCCUUUCUUUUUUCUUUUUUUUUUUUUGGCCUUGGGUUUUUUUCUUGACAGCAUGUUGAGAAUCGAAGUGGAGGAAUUCUCUACCCCAAGGGCUUCUCUGGAGAAGCCAAGGAGGUCUAUCUCUUCGUCAUUGCCUUCCCUGGUGAUUGUCAAUGGCUUCUCUCGUAAAAGCUUCUCUUAUUCUAAGCUUCCAGAGGAACCCAUCAAGCUCUCCGUUCUCAAAUUGGAUGGCUCUUCCUUUGACGUUGAAGUUAUAAAAUCGGCCACAAUUGCAGAGCUCAAGCUCGCGGUCCAGGAUGUGUUUAGCCAUAUGCCAACAAAAGGUCCAGGAAAGAUUUCGUGGCCGCAUGUUUGGGGACAUUUUGCCUUGUGUUAUGAAGGUUGGAAAUUGGUCACAGACACUGACAGUAUCAUAAACUACGGCAUCAGGGAUGGUGAUCAGCUUCGUUUUAUUAGGCAUAUCUCGCCCAUCUAUAACAUGACAAAGAUUCAAUCAAAGAGAAGGAUUGUUGCCCGAAAACAAUCAUAUCUGUCAAUAUCAAGCUCAGCCAGCUCUUUAGGGAGUGAACAGAAUGAUGAAGAAGAUGAUGAGUACGAUGAUAUGGAGAAUGGAAGGUACCAGACUCACAAAGAUGAAAGUCCAAGUAUUGUUGUGGAACAAGAAUGCCGGUUCGGUCACUUAUGGAGAGGUUGGUCCUCAUAUUCAAGGAUGUCAACCUUUAGAAAAACAGGAUCUCGCAAAGGCGUAGUUUGCCAGUCAAGAUAUGGUUCUAGUUUCUUGGGUAAUUUUAGGAAAAUCUUACGGCUUUGGGGCAGUACAAACUAUUAUCGAAAGCAUACAUGGAAGGAAGACUAAAUGUGUAUCAUUGACACUGUUGGAUUGGUUUGGAUUAGCAUUAAGGCUGUGUUUCUGUUCUUCACCUGACAUUCUCAAAAUGCUGUCACGUCUUGUAAAAAUUUUGAAUACAAAUAGUACUAGUUUCUGUUCUUACACCAGCAUGAACCACUAAAAUGGAUCAUUCUUGAGGCCGAAUUUUUGUUUUUUAUCAGUUUAUCUCAAUCCUUUUGUGCA